AUGCUGUUGCUUUCCGUCUACAUCGUCACCUUCCUGAUGGGGGUCCCCGCCAACAUCCUGGCUUUCUGCACCUUCUGCCGCAAGGUGCGUCGCAAGGCGUCCCCGAUAGACAUCCUCCUCCUCAACCUCACCAUCUCCGACCUCAUCUUCCUGGCUUUCCUGCCGUUUAAGAUGAAGGAGGCCUCUGAUGACAUGGCCUGGCUGCUGCCCUUCCCCCUGUGUCCCUUCACUGGCUUCCUGUUCUACGUCACCAUCUACAACAGCACCCUGCUCCUCACCGCUGUGAGUGUGGAGCGCUACCUGGGCGUCGCCUACCCCCUCAGGUAUUCCCUGUGUCGCAGGCCUCGCUAUGCCUGGUUGGCCAGCAUCUGUUUCUGGGUGGUGAGCUGUAUGAACCUCAGCGUCGUCUACAUCAUACCCUACGCCCAGUGGAGCAAAGGUGCAGACAGUGGCGACAACAACGGCAGCGCCACCAACAGCCCCGCCACGCCUCCGCCCACCUGCUACCUGGAUUUCACCACGGAUGAGCUCGCCAUCCUGCUGCCGUUCCGCCUGGAGCUCUUCGUGGUUCUCUUCUGCAUCCCCUUCUUGAUCUGCUGCUUCUGCUACGUCAACUUCAUCCUCAUCCUGUCCCGCCUUCCAAACAUCAGCAGGCGGCGAAGGCUGCGUGCCAUCGGCCUGGCGCUCGGCACGCUGAUAGUGUUCGCCGUCUGCUUUGGGCCUUACAACGCCUCCCAUGUGGUGGGCUUCGUUCGCCAGGAGAGCGAGGAGUGGAGGAACGUGGCGUUGCUCUCCAGCACAUUCAACGCCUGCCUGGAUCCAUUUAUCUUCUACUUCUCGUCGGCGGCCGUCAGAAGCACGUUAAGUAACUGCUGCAGGAGCAUCAGGGCGAAGCUGCACAUCCUGAGGUGUGGAGGGGCCGCCUGCUGUCCCACCCAGAGACCCUCCAAGGCUGAUAGAUACAAGGAAGCUCCCCUUCCUUAA